AUGUCACGCUAUACAGUUCGUUGCGACUACUAUGCAGUCCUCAAAAUCCCACACUCCGCAGACCUCGCUACAAUCACAAACACAUACAAGCGGCUGGCUCCGGAGUUCCAGCUGCUCAGCGAAGCAUACGAAACUCUUCGCGACGAGGACAAGCGCAGAGAAUGUGGCAGCACUUAUCUGCAAGCCGACCAUUGCGACGGCAGUAAGCACCGGAAGCAAAACAGCACGGAGUCCUCUGUUAGCAUCCCCGCGGUGAUCGAGAGGGCUCGUAGACUGGUAGCACUUUAUGGACAGCUCCAACGGGUCCAGGAUGAGAUCGAGACACUCACCCACGAACUCGGAAAGGACCUGUUACAGCUAUCAGGGGGACCGAUAGUCUAA